UCCUCCUGAGGUAAAGAGUCUGUCAGAGUUUGUGGCCGUCGCUAUUUCUUUCCCAGAAACAUACUUAAUGGCUUUUGUGACUAAAAACGCAGUCAACGUUCACGUUUAAGCCUCGAAGUGUCAUUAAGUUGAAGUCGGCUUCUUAUUCGCCUGCUGCUAGUUCGAAUUUUCCCGUUCCACCUUAAAUGGUGCAGCAGUUACAUUCUGGCGCAUGAUAACUGGCGAUUGGUGAGCCGGAACUUAACUGCUGUGACAUUUAAGGUGGAACGGGACAAUUCGAAUAAGAAGCUGACUCAGCAGGCAGAACGUAACUGCUGCUCAAUUUAAGGUGGAACGGGAAAUUCCAACAAGAAGCUGACUCAGCCGCUAGAAUGUAACUGUUGCACUAUUUAAGGUGGAACGGUAAAUUCGACUAAGAAGCUAGCUAACCUAACUCAGGCGCCAGAACGUAACUGCUGCACCAUUUAAGGAAGAACGAGAAAAUUCGAAUAAGAAACUGACUAGGGCGCCAGGAUGUAAUUGCUUUACAGUUUAAGGUGGAACGGGAAAAUUCCCAGAAGAAGCUGACCCAGCUGCCAGAAUGGAACUGCUGCAUCAUUUAAGGUGGAACGGGAAAGUUCGACCAAGAAGCUAGUGAACAGGCAGCCAGCUUCAGCCGCUUCAAAGUGUCGAAUCAUAGCCACUAUGCGGGACCUGAAGAAGAAGGAUAAGCUGGUUGAAGCAGCAGGAGAUGCCUUUGGGAAAACCCUGACACUGGAAGCUCUGGAUGUUUGCAGCGAUGACUCAGUUAGGCAGUGUAUCAACAGUGUCAAAGACCGUCACAUUGACAUCCUCAUAAACAACGCUGGAGUGGGUCUGCUGGGACCACUGGAGAGCAUCAGCAUGGAGCAGAUGAAGAGGGUGUUUGAGACCAACUUUUUUGGCACCGUACGCAUGAUCAAAGAGGUCAUGCCCGACAUGAAGAAACGCAGGGCGGGCCACAUCAUUGUCAUGAGCAGCGUCAUGGGCAUGCAGGGAGUGGUGUUUAAUGACGUCUACACAGCCUCCAAGUUUGCCAUCGAGGGCUUUUGUGAAAGCAUGGCAGUGCAGCUGCUCAAGUUUAAUGUGAGGCUGUCUUUAAUUGAACCAGGGCCUGUGCACACAGAGUUUGAGUCGAAAAUGAUGGACGAUGUAGCCAAGAUGGAGUUUCCCGGAACAGACCCAGACACUGUCAGAUACUUUAAGGAUGUCUACAUGCCAUCUUCCAUUGAUAUCUUUGAGGCAAUGGGGCAGAUGCCAGAAGAUAUAGCUAAAUGCACUAAGAAGGUGAUCGAGUCGAGCAGCCCUCGGUUCAGGAACCUGACCAACAGCCUUUACACACCCAUCGUGGCCAUGAAGUAUGCAGACGAGACUGGCGGUCUGUCUGUACACACCUUCUACAACCUGCUGUUCAAUUUCGGCUCCCUGAUGCACAUCACCAUGAGCAUCCUCAAAUGCCUGACCUGCAGCUGCCUGCGCAGACGCACCAUCUCACCUGACUGAAGGGGGCCGCAGUGAGACAAAGACAGAAUCAUACCAUAUGCCCCAGAAUGUCCAGAUUAACGUGUGGGCCCUGAUGAACAGAGUGGCACACAUGAGCACAUUCAAAUAUGUAUUCAUGUAUCCAGGGGUUCCUCAGACCAUGCCUUAGAACAGUGGCUUCAGUUCUAAGUUCUCAGCCCCAUAGACUUUCCCGUUUUCUCUGCUCUGACACACCUGAUCCAACUUAUCAACUAAUAAUCAAGCCAUUUGGGAAUCAGGCAGGUUGGUGCAGAGUAACGAUACACUCUAGGUGGGACCCAAGAUUAGAGUGGAGCAAUGUCACCUUAAAGAAAUAGGUUACUGCCAUAGCAGAAAGUGUUAAAGAAGAGUGGGUCAGUAGUAAAUUAUUGUGUUAUUUAUGAUGACCGAGACACAGGAAUGCAGUCUGGAAUCUGGAAAUGUAACAGGAGGAAAACAGCCAGUCUAAAAAAGCUAAUUUAACAUAUAAGACUAAACCUUAAUACUUACUGCCUGUAAUUAUCGGCCUAUGAUUUCAGUGAAUUCUAUUAUGAAACUCUCUUAAAGCUUUUAUAGAUUUUUGCCAUUUAUGAAUCGUUGUUUUCUGGCUACACUGUGUGUUUUUAAAUUGAUGUGAAUAUCUAGGUUAUAAUGUAAUCUCCUUCUAAAGGAGAAUUGAUUUGAAAAUAAAACAUUGCGAUUUGAUGAGA